GACAAAGUUGGAUUGUCAUUGAGAAACACGCGAGUGGAAACGGCGCAGGGGAAGAAGAGGGAGUGAAUAAUGUCUGAAUCACAGUUUCUCACACACACUCCGGGAGAGGGCUGGACUGCAUCUUCCCAGACACGUGGAAGAGGAAAUAACCUGCAGAGUUUCCCCAUGAACAAAAACAGCACCGUUUAGGGGUUUUCUCCUCAUCUUCCAGCUGCCUUAGACCGUUCAUGGACCUGACAGCUCAGAGUGUGAGAGCGGUGUGAAGACAGCUGGGAUUUAGAGAAAUCAGCGAGCCGAGAGGAAAGAUGCAGGAAGACCCCGUGUACGACUAUCCAGACCCCCAGUCGUUGGGGGAGAGGAGGGCGUGUCCUCAAAGAGGCUCCUUGAAGAGCAUCAGUGUGCUCGACCGCCUGCUGCUAACGUACCCCGUAUGGCUACAGCUGUCCAUCAACUCAGCCACAGCCCUUCACAUCCUACAGCGUGAACCGCCAGGGACCUUCCUGGUGCGAAAGUCCAGCACAUCCCAAAAGAAAAUGCUGUGUGUCAGGCUGGCAGAUGACAGCGUGCCGUCUUUUGUUAAGCAGUUUGUUAUCCGAGAAAAGGACUCAACCUUCUCCUUGGAGAGCUCAGCUAUCAGUUUUCCGGAUCUCUGCAGACUCAUUGCCUUCUACUGCGUGAGCCGGGAUGUUCUUCCCUUCACUCUGGAACUACCAGAGGCCAUAGCCAAGGCUUCCUCUCACAAACAGCUAGAAUCCAUCUCUCAUAUGGGUGUUGAGUUCUGGAGUUCGCAGUUGAACUACCGUGGUCCUCGGAAUGGUCCUCCACCAGUACCAGAUGCCCCCCUGAACCCAGAUCCUACACAUCCACAUCCUACUCCAAAAGACAAUGCCUCAUCUGCUAGUUCAAGCACAAGCUCAACCUUGUUCCAGGAGUUCUGCCCAAUUCACACUCGAAGCCCCUCUGAGCUAGAUUUCGGGGCAGGGCAGGGGGCGCUGUGCUUUAUCAACCCCCUCUUUCUACAAGAGCACCCUGUCCGUGGGGCCAUGCACAAGCGGCAUCACUUCAAACGCAGCAUUAAGGUCCGUGUCUCCACUGAAAACUCCAGCUCACUCUCGCCCCCUGUCUCUCCACCACCACCUCCUCCACUGCUGGCAAAAGCUAAGAAUAAAGGAAAGUCUGCACAGCAGACUGAAGUGGUUCACACCAGCGAGGAAGCUACAGAGAAGACAGAAGCUGCAGAGACAGAUUCUGACUACCUACAACCUUGUCCUGCUCUGCCAAAGAAGGCGUCUGCAAAGGUCAUGCCCACACUCUCUCCUACUGCAGAGGAAGAUGACUACCAGUUGCCCAAAGCUCUUGUGCAGGGCUGUAAGAAAAUGGAGAGAGAAGAGGAGGAUGAAGACGAGGAGGUAGGCCUGGUAUUGGAAAGAAGGUCAGCUCCAUCUCUGAGUGAGCUGGACAGCAGCAGCUCCCUCAGCAGCCUGGAUGAGGCCGAAGAGAGUCCUGAGCGUCCUCCUCUCACACGAGGCACCAGUAAUCCCAACAUCCCCUCCCCUCGACUUCCCCGUCAGUCAGUAUCAGCACUACGCAAGAUGAGUGCGGCGUUCGUGUCCUUUUUUGUGCCGGGGAAGCGGGUAGCGAGGCUGGUGGAAGACCUUUCUUGUGACAGGCGAAUGGCAUUCGGAUCUCUUGUUCAGGACUUCCUGAGGGACCAGAGGGAGGCGCUGAAGCCACAGUCCCUGACAUCGGCUGUGGAGCUGCUGCAAGGCUUGCGUCUCUUUAUCAGCCAGGCUAAAGACUUCCUACUGGAGUGUGGAGAACUUGAGCCCCCGAUUGAGACCCUAGUGCCAGAAGAUGAGAAAGAUCAGACACUGGAAAAGGCCUUAUUCCGCUGUAUCCUAAAGCCUCUAAAAGCCCAGAUUUCUGCAGCCCUCCACACCUUGCAUGAACGUGACGGCAGCUCUAAGAGGAUGUCUGAGAGCAUGCGGAGAGCCAGAGAGAACUCACCCCGUGACCUCUUUGGGGUGCAAGUGUCGGUUCCAGACACUCAGGGCAUAGAGAAGAUCAAGCAGAAGCUGUCGCUCAUGAAAAGUGCUUAUUCACCCAUUGACAAAGUACAUUUGCUCCUGCAGAUCUGUAAGCUCAUCUAUAAAGCCAUGAAGAGUAACACUGCGCAGGAAUUUGGAGCAGAUGACUUCCUGCCAGCUCUUUCCUAUGUGAUCGUGCAGUGCAAUAUGCCUGAGCUUCUUCUGGAAGUGGAGUACAUGAUGGAGCUGUUGGAAACACCUUGGCUUACAGGAGAAGGUGGAUACUAUCUGACAAGUGUUUAUGCCAGCCUGAGUCAUAUCCAGAGUGAGCCAGUGGCCGUGCCCACCAGUGGACUUACCCAGCAGGUCAGGGAAUCGCUGAAGGAGUGGAGCCGCCGCCGUAACAGCGAAGCCAGGAGCCAAAAAGACAUCAACCUGCAACAGAGGUUUGUAAAGGUGCUGUUUCAAGAGGAGGACUGUAGCUUGGUGAAGACCCUGCAGUGGAAAGCAGGGGUCAGUGGAGAGGCUUUGACACAACUUUGUGCCGUCAAGUUCGGAGUGGACCAGCCUGAGGACUACGGUCUGUACUGGAGAAGCGAUGGAGAACUAAUGCCGCUGCCCUCCGAUGCUCAGUUUCAGGACUUGGGUGCCAGCAGCGCUCCCCUCGUUUAUCAGCACUGCAGUCAGGAUAUGAAGUCCCGCAAGUCCCUGACAAGAGUGGGUGCUUUGGACCUCUCUGCAGAAGCCUCAUAAUGCGGAUAUGGUGAAACACAACACCUGACAAUCUCCAAAGGAAUAUGAAUACAUAUAGACUUUCCUUACAUGUCUGCUUUGUUAUACCUUCACUCCUAUUUUAUAAUAAUAUUACAGUUAUGAUAUUUAUGGUAAUUACUAGCUUUUUUGUAUUUAAUUAACAUUAAGCACGUUUACAUGCACUUCAUAAUCAAAGUACUGCAGCACAUUGUCAGUUUGUCAGUAACCUGAUAAACACAUUUACAUUAAAGCUGAUGCCUGUAAGUUUUGGGAUUUAGUGCUCUCCCUGGUAAGGAUUUGAAAUUGCACCCAGCAUGCAGAAGAAUCAUUUUAAACUGGACAGGUGUGAUGCCGGCUCCUUUCAAAGCGGAUGAAUUCGAUUCCAGGUUAUGUUCAGUCAGAGAGGAAGAGAGCGCACUCAGUCAGAAACUUCACUCCUUCUUUUCUUUGUUUUUACUAUGAGUAAAUGAGAUACUGAGCUCUGAGUUUCCCCUUCUGAAGUCUCCAUUGCUCCACCAGCCGCUCCUGUUCAGGAAAACUGAGCCGGAUCCUCUUUUAGAGGCUGUACAUGUGACAUAAGUACGUAAAGACGCGUGACACAGCCAGAAGACACCUGCGAAAAGUGACCCGACACCCGCCCAGUUUCUAGAAUUAAUAUAAUAAGCUUAGCAGGGAUGGUCAUUCCAGAACACUGGUACUGGUACCCUCCUCCGCUCAGAAAUGCUUCUGCUUUCAGUUUAAAACAAAAUACUACAGACUGCCACUUUAACUUGGAUAAUCAAAUAAUAGAAAAACAUGAGGUUUACAUGAGUCAGGCACUAAAUUAGAUUUUGUAAAUUAGAUGCUUUGUAACCAGCAAAUUAACUCACGGAAUAUGAUAUGACAUUAUGUAAAACACAUACUUCUAGAGUUUAUUUAAAUUCUGCGAUUUUGGUGUCUCUCCAAAAGUGUUUAGUCACCAUCUCGUGGGUGCUGUGUUUAAACAAUGCUCGCUUAUUUCUGGUACCAAGGUAUGUUUUCACACAAUCACAGACUUCUAAAUAAUCAGAUAACUGCAGUAACAGAUUUUUGAGUGCAUGUAAACACAUGCUGAUCAGAGUACAUUUGCUCAUUCUUAGCAAUCUUAUUUGUUUGCUUUUGAGUAAGGAUUGACUGUAGAUGCUGCUAUCAAUUUUUUUUAUUAUUAUUUUGCUGUAAUCAAUUUAUAUCAGGUACGAGUGUAAAUCUAUAUAGAAAGUGAUCCCAUUUUUUCAGUUAUUCUAUAAUCUAUACUGUGUAGUGGUUCCCACAUGAUACAUCUGCUGUGUUUAUACUUGAGUUAAUACUACAGCUAAUUAACAAUCACUUCAAGUGCGUUAAGAGUAAGAGAACACUAAAAUGAACUUAAAACAUUAUUUUUAAAUGCUGAUAGCCUUUCAAGAAACUAUUUUACAAAUUGUGAAUUGUGGUAUAGUGGAAAUGCCUUUGAGAUGCCUUUAAGUUGACGAAUGUUGUUGCUGACAUGAUGUCAUGUUACAUUUUUCUAUUUAUUUAACCUAUUUGCAUUAUAGGGGGUACAUCCUUUUAGGUCGUAAGUGGAUUUAUGGCAAUAAAUAAAUAAAUAAAUAAAGUUUGAUGACAGUG